UUAUUAACGCUUUGUUCUUGAAGGUUGAAUAAUUUUUGGCAGAACAAGGAAUUGCACUCUCUUCAGUUAUUGUUCUUCUUUGUUAAUGCAGAGGAGACAGUAUUAUCCCGUUGCUGUUUGUUAGACAACAGAAACUGUGGAUGUUGGUAAGAUGUACGUUAAGAGGAUUUUGGAAUAAUUUUUCUCUGUCCCAGUGUUUGUAAGUUUCUGAAGAACAGUUACAGAGGAUAGGAGCUGCAAAUGUUUUGGUCUUGUAUAUUAAUUUUCACAACCCUAAAUGUUAGAAGCAGAGUAUCAUAAAAACCUUUGAGGCAUUUUCUUUUCUAUGUAUGUAUUUGACUUAUGAAUAUUUAUUAUGUAUCUUAUGCGAUUUGUGCUUUGUGUUUCUGAGUCAUUGGUAGUGGGAUAAAGAGGCUGUGGAGGAGAAAGAACUUUUAUUUGUGAAAAUACAUUUGGUAUAGGACUUGUUUUCCUGACAGGAAGCCAAACGACUGCAAACAUGAAGAAUUGGGUAGUUGGACACAGAUUUUUUACUAUGGUUGGGUGAUGAAAUCUGUGGAUUGGUAUUAUUAGAUGCAGGUUUUCAAUCACAUAAGAAACAACACAUAUAUGUUGUUUGGUGAAGACCUCUCCAAGUGCUGAAAGGGUCUAGAAUUUUUCUCAAGAGAGAAAGAUGCAGCGUGUCCGAGUUUCAUCCCAACAAUCUCCAGUACAUAGGCUAGGAGAUUCCCAAAUGACAUUAUCGCCCAAAUUUAGACUGGCUUUAAUCCAAUCACCUUCUUUCCUGUCUGCAUCUUCAGAAAUGGCGCUCUCACUGGGUGGCGUAUCUCUUAUUCCUGGCCUUCCUGAUGAUAUUGCCCUCAACUGCCUCCUCCGCCUGCCAGUUGAGAGCCACCCGGCCUGCAGAGCUGUGUGCAAGCGAUGGCAUAUGCUGUUAGGUAAUAAAGAGCGGUUCUUCACCCGAAGGAAGGAGCUAGGUUUCAAAAACCCCUGGCUCUUCAUCUUAGCCUUCCACAAAUGCACAGGAAGGAUCCAGUGGCAGGUCUUAGACCUUGCCAGCUACUCUUGGCACACCAUCCCUGCCAUGCCUUGCAAGGACCGUGUAUGUCCUCAUGGAUGUAGAUGUGUGUCCAUUCCCCAUGAGGGUAUCCUCUUUGUCUGUGGGGGCAUGGUCUCUGAUAUUGAUUGCCCACUCGACCUUGUCCUAAAAUAUGAAAUGCACAGAAACCGUUGGACUGUGAUGAACCAGAUGCUUACUGCGAGGUCUUUCUUUACAAGUGGAGUGAUUGAUGGGUUGAUUUAUGCUGCUGGAGGGAACAGCACAGAUCUCUUUGAGCUUGACUCAGCUGAGGUUCUUGACCCUGCCAAAGGGAAUUGGCGUCCCAUUGCAAACAUGCGCACCAACAUGGCAUCCUAUGAUGCUGCUGUUCUAAAUGGAAAGCUUCUAGUGACUGAAGGCUGGAUCUGGCCUUUCUUGUUCUCUCCUAGAGGUCAGGUAUAUGACCCUGUAUCUAACAAUUGGGAGAAUAUGGCUGUUGGGCUUAGAGAAGGCUGGACAGGUUCCAGUGUGGUGGUUGAUGGCCAUUUGUUUGUGGUUUCUGAGCAUGAGAGAAUGAAGCUGAAGGUUUAUGAUGUGGAAACGGAUUCCUGGGACACAGUCACAGGUCCCCCUGUACCAGAGCAGAUAUGCAAGCCUCUCUCUGUGAACUCCAGUAACUGCAGGAUCUAUGUUGUAGGUCGCAACCUUUAUGUUGCAGUGGGUCACAUCCGGUGGCUGAGCUUUAGCUGCAGUUCUGGAAAGAAGCAGAACUUCUCUGUCCAGUGGCAAGUAUUAGAUGCACCAGAAGCCUUCCGUGACUUGACACCAUCAAGCUCACAGGUUCUGUUCGCUUAGAUCUUUUGCUUCCCCCUGUUUUGCUUCUUCUUCAAUGUUUUGUAAUCCCAAAUUUGCAGAGCUGUAAAACUGUAUAAAUUAAGGAUUUUACAUUUUUAGUAGUCAUCUUGACUAAACUUGUUUUAGAAUAAUGAAUGAUAUGACUCAGUAACUCUGAGUUGGUUUGAUCUUA